AUGGAUCCCCUUAGCGUGACCGCCAGUGUGAUCGCUAUUGCGACUCUUGCAUUGCAAAGCUGCAAGGCCGCGUACAAUGUCGUAGACGGAUUGGCGGAAGCGCCGCAGGCUAUUGCUAGGUCGAGAAUUUCCCUCACCGAAACACAGAAAACUGUAGACGCUCUGCACCAAGCGUUGAUCACAGGCUCCGAACCUAUUCUCAAUUCUGUUUUAAGAUCGAUAGAGCUCGACGAAACGCUCAAGUCUGUGCAGCGCAUCUGCGACAAAUUUGCUACCGACAUCACAUAUUUCACCAGCCAUUCGACAGAUGGUAAAUUCAGCAAGCGGGAUAGAAUGACAGUUAAUCUUCACGAAUCGAAGAUGAGGAAUCUCGACAGAGAGUUGGGUGAUUGCCAGCAAACUUUAUCCAUGGUGCUGGUGUCCAUUAACCUAAUUGUUACUACACAGACCGCUGACGACCUCCGGCGACUUGGUGGUCGUUUUCAAGCUCAGGAACAGGCACUGGCGAGCCUAGACACACAGCUGUACAACCGUCAAAAAUCCCCUCUGGCGGAAGAAGGCUUGGUAUAUGAUCGAGAUACGAGUUUGCAGUUGACUUCCACACUCCGGAAACUUUGCCAAGAAGCUCUCUCGACCAUCAAAACGAAGCGAACUGGGCAAAAGUUCGGCGAUAUGAGCACUGAUGACCAGUCUAUGGCAAUGCAGGGGAUUGUUGGCGAUGCACAUGAUGGCGUACAACAAUCGUUCGGAAAGAUGACAACCUCAAAGAAUAGCAAGGCAUUUCAAGGCCAAAUGGACGCAUCUUCCUUUGCGACCAUGUUCGGAAAACCCUGA